UUCUAUUGCGAUGCAAAAUUCAAUAAAGAAGUCGUAAAUAUUAUGGCGAUGAGCUAUUUAACAGAAAGCGAAGCUCCGCGGGAUUUCCGCGUCUCCUCUACAGAGAGCGAUGGACAUUACACAAAAUGCGUUCUAUGUUACACAGUGAAGAGAAACUUCUAUUGUGUUGAUUGUGUUAGAAGUGGUAAUUUUGUUCAUUCCUCGAUGCCUUAUUCAGAUAGAUUUUCAGAGAAACAAAUAAAACUAAUGAGAAUCAAAGUAAACAGACAACAUGUUCUAGAGAGAUGUGAAAAGUUAUUAGCACCAAAACUAAAAAAGGAUAUCCUCGUAACAGAGACAAAGCAAUCCAGAGACAAGCUCGAUCUUUUAAGGUUAGCCAUAGAUCAACGAAGAAGCAUAAUUGACAAUAAAAGAAAGGAACUCACAGAACUGAAAACCUACAACAAUGAACUACGUUUAAAGCUGCCAAGGUAUCAAAAAAGGGUGUCAAGUUUAGGGAAACAUGCCCAAUCACAAAGGAUAGAGUUACAAACUAAAAUCAGUCUCUACGGUGACCAGACACAGUCGUUAGCUGCCCUCAGAAGAUCAAGGAUACGACAGCUCACAAGAUAUAUUUUUCCAAUCUAUAUGAGCUAUGAUCUAAGUGAUAGUAUAGAAGAUUUAGAGUUUCUUGGUGAAGAUGUGGAGGAGGAGCCUCCAAAACGCCCUCAGUUACACAUCGUAGCUCCGUGGAUUGAUAUAAAUGCAGACUACUCACACAUACAGGCUUGGGUUUCACAAAACAAGGAUGCUGCGGUAUGCAGCGUGCCCACGUCCAACCCCGCCUACCGCACCAGCGCCGCGCUCGGGCUGGCGGCGCAGCUGGUGGCGCUGCUGGCCUGGACGCUCGACGUGCGUCUGCCGCACGCCAUCACGCUCAGUGAGUACAGCGACCCGCGCAGCUGGCGCGCGUGCGUGAGCCGCGUGCGCGCGGGCGCCACGGCGCUGUGCGCGCGCGCCGGCGUGCCGCCCCCGCCGCCGCCCGCGCCCUCGCCCUCCCCCGCGCCGCUGGCCGCGCUGGCCGCGCUGCACGCGCUCGCGCUGGCCGCCGCCGCGGACGACCCCGACCUCGGCAGGGUGGAGGUGUGGUCGACCCGGUGGAGCGCCUGCGAGGCGUGGCUGUCGGCGGCGGCGCCCGAGGAGCUGGACGAGCCCGAGCCGCCCGAGCACCUGCACUGGCCGGACAACGCGCAGAUGGAAGAACUAAGCUGCACCCCCCCUCCCGCUCCGUCACUGGUGACGUCGGCGGCCGCCUCCAUCGCCUCGAUGUGGCGGGGAUGGACAAAAUGAACUGCGAUAAUUCUAGUCUCUGAUAACUUACUGCGCUCUAAACAAAUUAUAUUUUAAAUCAAAAUAAAGUAUAUUAGUUGUUACUUGUCACUAAAGACGAUUGACUAAACAAAAAAACCGGUUAAUCAUUAAGGCGACACUUUACUUGUCGUUUAGUGGUUUUUUUUGGUCAAAUAUUUGGCGUAUGGAUUGCAAAAUCAAAAUCCACAAAUAUCUUUAAUAUUGUUAACUAUUUUCGCUUAAACAAUGAACAAUUGCGUUCGUAUAUAAUGUAAUAUAAAAAACGGGAACAAGCCAAGUGAAGUGCCGCCGUAAUAUAAUGCAUCUUUGCCAAUUAAAAUUGUAUUAAAAAAAUAUAUAUUCACCGGAAAAUAGAAAGUACAAUUCAUAUAGAUUAUUGUAGAAACGCUGUUUGAAUUUGUGUGUUCAGUAAAUCAUUAAUAAAGUAACCAUAGAUUAAAAAUAUUUUACAUUCUGACAUUGUUAUGACAUUAGAAAUUGCCUCGAUAGAACUUCCUUAAUUUUCAUAACUAAUAUAUAUUUUUUUUAUUUAGUAAAUAAUAAAUUUUAUUAUGUUUACAUAAGGGAGUGUUCAUGUACCUCGUGGUUGUAAUAUUUAUAAUUUUACUUUAUUAUUUCCAAAGUACAUUGAAAUUUAUCUGUUGUUUCUUUAUUUUUUAUAUUAAUUGAAUUUAAUUACACACUCUCGUAGAUCAAUCUAUGAACUUAUGAACGCUUCCUUACACAAAAUCAUUCCCAGUAACAAUUGUAAUUAAUUAAAAGAGAGUUUGU